AUGGAUAUAAGAGAUGCAGCAAAGUCCACAAUGGAAAUUGUUAAUGUUCCACCAAUUGUGUCUACUUACCGACACGCAUUGCACACCUUCGAUGACAAGUUCAGAAAAGAUCUAAACAAAAACUUAGAUAAGUUGAAAACAAUGAUGGAUAAUUUAAGAGCGGAAGACUUAGGAUUGGAUAAGAAUCUUAGUGAUCCGGCUAUAUGGAGAAAACCAAACAAGGCACCAUGCACAUAUGUGGAAGUUUUUCAAAAUAGUCUUGUAAACAUGAGCAUAUUUGUAUUAAAACCGGGUUUUAAAAUGCCCCUUCAUGACCACCCGCAUAUGCACGGCCUGCUAAAAGUGAUUUCCGGAGCAGUUCGAAUACGGAGCUUUACCGAAUAUCCUUUAAAAGAAGCAAUAAAUAACAUAGACUUUGCCGUUCGCGCGAAACAUGAAGCUGCGCGUCUCGCCCAGGGCUUUCACAAACGUAGAAGAUUAUUUGCAAAAGUGUCUCAAAACUCAAUAUGCAGAGAAAAUUCCCAGACUUGUAUUUUAACACCUACAAUUUCAAAUUAUCAUGAAAUAGAGGCAUUGCAUAUGCCCGCUGCAUUUUUUGAUAUUCUUUCCCCACCAUAUGAUACUUUAAUAGAAGACAUUGGACCUAGACGUUGUCGAUAUUAUUAUGUAGCUAAUGAAAUAAGCACCAAUGUAGUAGAAUUGCAAGAAACAAAUGUGCCAGACUGUUUUUAUUGUGACCAAUUACCAUAUUUAGGACCAUUUCUUGGGUAA